CGGACACAUUGAAACCAGAACCUAAUCGAAACGAGCCCUUAUUUUCCCCUAAUUUGUACCCUUCUCCCUCUCCAUCUCUCUGAACCAAGUCCGUCUACAUUUCUCUGCUCCAAACUCCGGUUCCUGUCUGCAUUCUGCGCUGUUUCUUUCCUUCUGAAACCGAGAGAGAGAGAGAGAGCGAAAGACAGAUGAUACAGCUUCUCUACGGGGUGAUCUUCGCCGAGAUGGCGUUGAUCCUGGCGCUGCUCUUCAAGACGCCGCUGCGGAAGCUCGUGAUCAUGGCCUUGGAUCGGGUCAAGCGAGGCAGAGGCCCCGUCAUGGUCAAGACCGUCUCCGGGACCAUCUUCGUCGUCCUGCUCUCCAGCCUCUACAGCAUGGUCAACAUUCAGAACCGCUCCAUCGAGGCUGGUGCUCCCAAUCCUACCGACCAGGUUCUCAUGUCCCGCCACCUGCUGGAGGCAUCUCUUAUGGGUGAUUUCUGCUGUUCCUCGCACUGAUGAUUGACAGGCUACACCACUACAUCAGGGAGCUUCGUCAACUGAGGAAGACAAUGGAAGCUGCCAAGAAGCAGACCCGAGGCCUCGAUGACGGUAAAACGGGCACCAAUACAGAAGAUGUUAAAGCACUUGGCGAAGAGGUUGCUACUCUGCGCAGUAAGGUAAAGAAACUGGAGGCCGAAUGUGAAGCCAAAGGAAAACAGGCAAAAGCCUCCGAAGAGGAAGCUGUGGCUAUUAGGAAACAAUCGUAAGGUUCGUGUCUUGAGAAUGGUCGACUGCAAGAAGACAACCAAAGCCUUCGCAGCCAGAUUGAGUCGAUAGAAUCUGGAGGGCAAGAAGGAUGUGUAACUCCUGAUUGAAGAACUUUUAACCAUGUUUGAUUCAAGUUCUAUACUAUUACCCUGCAGAUAACUCGAAUAGGUGGUUAUUAGGAGUAUUGGAAGCCUAGAGGGUUUCACUUGUUGAAGUUAUUACAUUGUUACCUUGUUCCAGUGCACAAAGGUCAUGAAGCCAAACGGAAUUAAGAAUGAAUGGCAUGGUUUACAAUUUUUAUUCAGAGUAAGAGCUGCUGAUUGACAAGUUUGUAGGCACAUUGAGUUCUGAUGUUAUUGUACUGUAAUAAUUUUGUUGCUGGAACUUUCUGGGUUCAACAAACAGGCCUCUCAGAAGUUUGUUUCUUUUAAUUUGGAGAACUUUAUAUAUUCCAUCAAAUACAUUAUUUCAUAUAACAUUUCUUAAACUACAUAGGUUUUACUUG